UUGUUUAGUCUGUUUGGAGUCACAGAGAGGGAGAGGGACUCUUUUAACGCUGUCUGAAAAACUAUGAGUUAGUCUUUCACUGUUGUGGGAGUCAAACAGCUGAUAUAUCAUGUGGAAAUCACCAAAGCAGGCAAAGCUGGACCCUCAAGCUAAAGAAUGCUGAAUACGCUUCAGUGAGUCCAAAGGAAACAACUCCAUCUGAUACAAGCAGACAUGAGUGAUUCAGUGGAGAACCUGGACACCAGGGAACUGGGCUUCUCCGAUGCUGAGGAUGAACCUGAAGAGGUGGACUGUGACUUCAACCCCUCAGGUGUGUCCCGUAUUGGGUUCUCUGCCGUCUACCGGACAGUCGGCUUUAAAGACACCGAAGCACAUGUCUAUCUGACUUCUCUCCCAAUUACUGCCAAGAUCCUUGAUGUGGAGCGCUUCACCAGAGCUCAAGAUCGCUUCAAGUUCUCCAAACACAGGAGCGUGUCUAAGGCUAUGCCAGCGGUGUUUAAGAUAGAGCUCAAACAUGGGAACUUCACCUGGAUAGUGAAGAGAAAAGAGAAGCACUUCAUGGAGCUGCACAGAGAGCUCCUGAAAUACAAGACCCUCAUGAGGAUCCCACUGCCCACCCGCAGCCACACAGAGAGAAGGAAAAGCAUCAAGAGGAGUGAGGUGAGGCAGAUGCCAGCUCUGCCCCGGGGAGGUGGAGAUGGAGAGCUGGCAAGAGAGGAGCAGGUGUCUAGUCGAAGGAAACAACUGGAGGACUAUCUAAACAAGCUGCUGAAGAUGGCGAUGUAUAGAAAAUACUACGCAACGAUGGAGUUUAUUGAUGUGAGCCAGUUGUCCUUCAUUCAGGACUUGGGCCCAAAAGGAUUAGAAGGCAUCGUUUAUAAACGGUCAGGAGGUCAUCGUAUCCCGGGCAUGAACUGCUGUGGCCACAAUGAAGUCUGCUACCGCUGGUCUAAGAGGUGGCUUAUUGUGAAGGACUCUUUUUUGCUGUAUAUGAAGCCGGACACGGGUGCCAUUUCAUUUGUCCUACUGGUGGACAACGAGUUCAGCAUCAAAAUGGACUCCAAACAAACAGAGACGAAGCAUGGAGUGAGGAUAGAAAACCUGUCUAGGAAACUAGUGCUGAAAUUCACUAGUUACAGACAUGCCCGCUGGUGGGGUCAGGCCAUUGAAAGCUUUGUGAGGAAACACGGCAAGGCCUUUUUAAGGACCCACAGAUUCGGAUCUUUUGCCAGGGAGGAGGAGAACAUACCCUCUAAAUGGUAUGUGAAUGGCAAAACCUACAUGGAAGAUGUUGCAAAUGCUCUGGAAGAGGCCAAAGAGGAGAUCUUCAUCACAGACUGGUGGCUGAGCCCUGAGAUCUUUCUGAAGAGGCCUGUGGUGGAAGGCAAUCGCUGGAGGCUCGACUGCAUUUUAAAACGCAAGGCUCAACAAGGAGUGAGGAUCUUUGUUAUGUUGUAUAAGGAAGUGGAGCUGGCACUUGGCAUCAACAGUGAAUACAGCAAACGAACACUAAUGCAUCUUCACCCAAACAUUAAAGUGAUGAGACACCCUGAUCACGUGUCCUCCUCCGUCUACUUAUGGGCACAUCACGAAAAGAUUGUAGUGAUUGACCAGUCAGUUGCUUUUGUUGGUGGAAUAGACCUGGCUUAUGGCCGCUGGGACGACCGAGAGCACCGGCUGACAGAUGUAGGAAGUGUAACGCGAUCUGUUGCUCAAGCCAUGGAGCAGGGACUAGAUUCAUCCACACCCAAGAAGAAAGUGUCCACUAGUGGAAACAGCAGCCGGACAAUGGUUGGUGACUCAGUGGAUCUGCCUAAACUAAAAGGCAUCGGUCGCACACGCAAGACUCGUUUCAGCCUGUACCAUCACAUUCAACGUGGCCUUCACCAUGCUGACAGCAUCAGCAGCAUCGACAGCACAAACAAGAGUGGCUCAGUGCACAGUCUUCAGACAGGAGUGGGAGAGCUGAUGGGAAACACGCGCUUCUGGCAUGGCAAGGACUACUGCAACUUUGUCUACAAAGACUGGGUUCAGCUGGACAAGCCUUUUGACGACUUUAUUGACAGAUACACAACCCCCAGAAUGCCCUGGCAUGAUAUCUCCUCAGUGGUGCAUGGAAAAGCAGCCAGAGAUGUGGCCAGGCACUUUAUACAACGCUGGAACUUCACCAAGAUAAUGAAGCCGAAGUACAGAUCGCUCUCUUACCCAUUUCUACUACCCAAAUCUCACAGCACAGGCAAUGAUCUGAAGUACCAAGUGCCAGACACUGUCCACACCAAAGUUCAGGUUCUGCGGUCGGCAGCAGACUGGUCAGCGGGCAUCAAGUACCACGAGGAGUCCAUUCAUAAUGCCUAUAUUCAGGUCAUUGCCAAGAGCAAGCACUUCAUCUACAUUGAGAACCAGUUCUUCAUCAGCUGUGCCGAUAACAAACAUGUUUACAACAAGAUUGGUGACGCCAUUAUAGAGCGAAUCAUCAGAGCACACAAGGAGAAUAAAAAAUUUCGUGUGUAUGUGGUGACUCCUCUGCUGCCUGGAUUUGAGGGAGACAUUUCCACAGGAGGAGGAAAUGCACUCCAGGCGGUUAUGCAUUUCAACUACAGAACCAUGAACCGAGGAGAGUACUCCAUAAUCUCUCAGCUAAAGAAGGAAAUGGAUGACCAGUGGAUGAACUACAUCUCCAUCUGUGGUCUGAGGACUCAUGCGGAGCUGGAGGGUCGACUAGUGACUGAACUCAUCUAUGUUCAUAGCAAGCUGCUUAUCGCUGAUGACAACACCGUCAUUAUCGGCUCUGCCAACAUAAAUGACCGCAGCAUGUUGGGCAAGAGGGACAGUGAGGUGGCUGUGAUAUUCGAGGACUCUGAAACAACGGCAUCAGUAAUGGACGGUCAAGAGUACCAGGCUGGCAAGUUUGCCCUUCAGCUCAGACUGGAGUGCUUCAAAACCAUUCUUGGAGCCUUCACUGACCCAAGCAUUGACGUCAGUGACCCCAUCAGCAACAGCUUCUACAAGGACGUAUGGAUGAGUGUCUCGGGCCGCAACGUCACCAUCUACGAGAAGGUUUUCCGCUGUCUGCCCUCCAGCCUGGUGAGAAACAAACAGGAGCUCCUGAGUUUCCAGUCCAAAACUGGUCUGGAUAAAGAGGAUCCACUAAAGGCUCAGGAGCUGCUGAAGAAGAUCAGGGGUUUCCUGGUCCAGUUUCCCCUAGACUUCCUCUGUGAGGAAAACCUCAUGCCCUCGGUGGGCACCAAAGAACACAUGGUGCCCACAGAGAUCUGGACCUGAUGGACAAAAAAAGAAAAUCCGCAUCCAGGAUGAGAAAAUAACACUGUGGUAAAAUGAAACCUGGUUCAUAAAACGCCACACCAGAAGGAGGAAAUGAAACAAACCAUCCAGCCUUUUUCAUGAAAGAAAUGGACUGCUUCACAUUGUUUUGUACCUUUUAUCAAUGUAAAUAAUAAUAUUUUAUAAGCACAGUGAUUAUCAUCACAUAUUAUUGUUUUUUUCUUUAACGUAUGAAUGAAUGUAGACGCCAAACAGAAGGGCUUUUUAAUAAUUAAUAUAAAUAUGAAUGUACAUAUGAAGAGGAUUUUGUUUUUAAUGCUCAUUUGUAGAAGUGGCACUCAAAGUGAAGAGUAAAAUGGUGAGUGGAAGCCUUGUCAGAAAGGAUUUUGUCAGGACGGCCUGUUUUUCAGCUGGCCGUCCCCAGUGGAGGCGCAUCCAUGACAGGCUGAGCACUGUGAUCUGUGUUUUCUGUCUGGCGGAGGCUUUUAACGUCCAGCGCCCUCGCCGGUGUCAAAGUGUCAGCGCUCUGGGAGAACAGACAGUCUGUCUGCAGCUUCAAGUGCUGAGAAACUGAAGGAAAUUCGUUUUUGGUGUCUUUCAACACCAAACUCAGACAUGUGGUGCUUAAUUCUACAUUUUCCCCUUCACAAAUCUGGCUCAGGUCAGUUUUCAUGAGGCGACACUUGUUGCUGUGUUCACUUUGCCUGUUUGUGUUCAUUCGGUCAGUUCUUUUAGCCCGUCACGCUCUUACUUUUGUGGUAUUUAGAAGUUUUUCUGAUCUUACCUGUUUGUUUGUCCCCUCAAAUAAAGAGUACUGUAUAUGAAUACACUACCACACUACGUUUGGGGUUGGUAAUUAUGUAAAUGCUUUUAAAAUAAGUCUCUUAUGCUCACCUGGGCUUUAUUUGUUUAAUGUCAAUACCGUAAAAACGGCAAUAUUGUGAAAUAUUACGAUUUCUAAUAGUUUUUGUUCCUGUUUGAAUGUAUUUUAUUGUGUAAUUUAUUCUUAUGAUGAAAAACUGAAUUUUUAGCAUCAUUACCCAUUCAGCCUUUAGUGUCAUAUGAUCCUUCAUUCUAAUGUGAUGAUUUGGAAGAAACAUUUCUUAUUAUUAUCAGUCUUGGAAACAGUUGUGCUGCUGCCAAUGUGAUAUUUUUUUGUAAUAAAAA